AUGGAUUUUGAAUUGAGAAGAGCGAGAGAGAAGAUAGAGAAAGAGCAGAAGGAAAGAAAAGAGAAAGCGAGAUUGAAAGUUCAGAAGGAAAAGAAAGCCAAAGAGGAUGCUCGAAUUCAAAGGGAAGCCAUUGAAGCUGCUCAACGAUCUCGUCGUAUUGAUGCCGCUGAAGCUCAACUCAAGGCUGACCAACAGAUGCAAGAAAACCUACUUGCUGGGAGGGGAAUUGUUUUUUAUCGUUUACUAGAAGCUGUUCCCUAUCAAGGUAGUGGAGAUAAGAUCAAAUUGCCUCCUUCUUGUUUUACAGACUUGUCUGAUCAUGGAGCUCUUGAUAAGGGACCGAUGUACUUUCAGUUAUCAUUAACUCACAAGGACGGUUCUUCAGGCAUUCAAGGUACCAACGAAGAGAAAACGGGAACCACCCAUUCAGGAGUUUUAGAAUUCACUGCUGAUGAAGGUUCAGUGGGUCUUCCUCCACAUGUAUGGAAUAAUUUGUUUUGUGAAGGUUCUAUUAUGGAAUCUCCAUUGGUUGAAGUCCGCUAUGUUUGGCUUCCAAAAGGGACUUAUGCGAAACUUCAACCUGAAAGAGUAGGAUUUUCUGAUUUGCCAAACCAUAAGGCUAUCCUUGAAACAAGUCUUCGGCAGCAUGCUACUCUCUCUCAAGGUGACAUUUUCAUUGUAAACUAUGGAGAACUUGAAUACAAAUUGAAGGUGCUUGAGUUAAAACCUUCUUCAAGUGUAUCUGUUUUAGAAACAGAUAUUGAAGUUGACAUAGUUGACCCGAUUGAAUUCUCAGAACAGACUCAUCAACAUGUUUUGAUUCCAGUUGUAUUUCGGACGCCACAAACCGGAACAGUAGAAGAAGGAAAGUUUGUGUAUUACAAGUUUUCAAUAGACAAUGAUACUUGGGAGAAAAUUUCUAGUGGGAGUUCUAGUAUCGAGGUAAAGUUAGAAUCAGACACAGGUGAGGGAGAUACUGAUCUUUUCAUUUCUAGACAUCCUCUAAUAUUUCCCACACGACACCAGCAUGAGUGGUCUUCCCAUGAUAUUGGAUCAAAGACUUUGAUUCUCAGCUCUAAAGAUAAAAGUUUGGCUGCUGGGACUUACAGUAUUGGUGUAUACGGAUAUAAAGGAACGACCGAGUACAAGCUAUCAGUCACGAUUCAAGAUAAUUUAAACCAAAAAUUGGGUCAGCAAGCAUCAUCUUCCAUGUCAUCCAUGGAAUUGGAUACUGAACAAUGCAGGAAUUGUAGGCAUUACAUACCCUCAAGAACUAUUGCACUACAUGAAGCUUACUGUAGCAGGCACAACGUUACUUGCCAGCAUGAAGGGUGUGGAGUUGUUCUUAGAAUCGAGGAGUCAAAAAAUCACAUUCAUUGUAACAGGUGUGGUCAAGCUUUCCAGCAGGUGGAAUUGGAAAAGCACAUGAAAGUUUUUCACGAGCCACUUAAAUGCCCUUGUGGAAUAGUACUUGAGAAAGAGCAAAUGGUGGAACAUCAAGCAUCAGUUUGCCCCUUGCGACUAAUUUCAUGCCGGUUUUGUGGUGAUAUGGUUCAAGCUGGAAGUUCAGCCAUGGAUGUCCGUGACAGGUUAAGAGGAUUGUCUGAGCAUGAGAGUGUUUGUGGGUCAAGGACUGCACCAUGUGAUUCUUGUGGGCGUUCCGUGAUGUUGAAGGAGAUGGACAUACACCAGAUUGCUGUUCAUCAGAAAGGCUAA